AUGGAAGCGGAAGGAAAUGCAGCUUCACCGCUGGGUGAUACGGAAUCACAAGAUGAAGUCGCAGAAAAGGUCAGAGAUUUUCAGAUUUUCCCGUUACUCAAAUGUUCGUGCCAAUCACAUGCACCUGGGAAAAUUUUUAGUGGCCAUUAUAGUAGUCAAAUUAGUGGCCACUUAAGAGUUAAAAAAUUAGUAGCCACUAUAGAGGUCUACGUGCUACUACUAGACAGCUAAAAAUUUAAGUGGCCACUUUAGAAGUCAAUAGAUCAACAUAACUGGUCCAAUCUGUUUGUUUUACAACUAUCAGAGUUACUGGAAGGAAUACUGGAUGAAAAACUACUGAAGUGGCCACUAAAUGGAGAACCUCUAUAGUGGCCACUAAAACGGAAAAUAGUGGCCACUAUAGAGGUGAGUUUAGUGGCCAGUUUAAUGUUCUUUCCAAGUAGUCCUUGGCGAGCAUCUAUAGUGGUUCCUAAAAAUUUUCCCAGUCAAACUUGAGUUUUAAACCAUGUUGGUGGGAUUUUUCGCUUUUCAAAAAGCCAAAUACCCUUUCUGAUUUCUCCCUUAAUCCUAUUUCACAAUCCCUAAAAGUGUUAGUUCGAAAUAUUCUUUCUUUCAGGUCUUUUCAAACAAACCCGACAAUUCUGGAGAACGAGAACCGCCGGAGAAAACGGAAAUCGACCCGCCAGAAGUCGAACUUCGAAAGAAGUUGGAAGAAAACCUGAAAAUACUCGACGAAAAGGAGGAGAAACUGCAAUGUGUCGAGAAGUCGUUGAAAGACUUGGAGCAAGUUCAGAUCAGGAAGAAAGAGGUGUUGGAGGACAUGAUGGAGAUGCUCUCGAGAGAUCGCUCAAGUUUGAAAUCGGAAAAAGGAAUUCUGUCCAGAAGUCAGAAAUCGUUUCGACCUUCGAGAGUCCAGGAGGAAAGUCUGAGAUCAAAGCGACAAGAACUGAGAAAGAAACAAUUGAAAACCGAGUUGGCCGAACUGAAAAGACUCUCCGGCCACGUUUUUGAUUAUUUCAAGGAUGAUGAUUACUUGGUGAGUUUCUUUUUUAGUACCUGUACUUUGCGAUUGGGAAUAGCCUGAACUUCGGCCAGAACACUCCUUGAUGUACCAGAAAAUGGUUCUGAAAGUCCCAAGCUACACAACCUCGUAGACUUCAAUAAAUUAUGUUUCAAAGUCCCAAAAUCGCUCAUUUGAAAGGAUUUUUAAGGUGCCUUUUCUCAAAAACUAGAAAUAUUUGCAGGUUGAGACUUUCCCGACCUUCAUCUGAUACAUCAAGGAGUGUUCUGGUCAAUUUUCAGGCAAAUCCUAGUUUCAAAGUAAAAUGACUUCGCUUGUCAGAAACUUGUUUUUUCGAAUAACUAUGGGUAAUCAAAAGUAAAUUACCGUUUCCUAUAAAUGUUUUGUCUCGAAAAUUCCAAAACCUUGAGAUUGUGAAUUAAGAAAAAUCAGCAAUGAAAACAGACAGUAUUUUUUUUAGAGAAAAUUGAGGUAAAAAGUUGGAAAAAUCGAUAUUCUGGGAAAAUGUUUAGUGCCCACUAUGGAGGCUCGCCAAGGUCUACUUGGAGAGGACACUAAAGUGUCCACUAAAGCCACCUCUAUAGUGGUCACUAUUUGCCGUUUUAGUGGCCACUAUAGAGGUUCUCUAUUUAGUGGCCACUUUAGUAGUUUCUCAUUCAGCAUUUCUUCCAGUAACUCUGAUAAUUUAAAAAAAAAACAGAUUGGACCAGUUAUGUUGAUCCAUUGACCCCUAAAGUGACCACUCAAAUUUUUAGUGGUCUAGUAGUAGCGCUUAGACCUCUAUAGUGGCCACUAAUUUUUAACCCCUAAAGUGGCCACUAAUUUGACUACUAUAGUGGCCACUAAAACGUCAAAACCCUAUAGUGGCCAUUCAAAGUUUUCCCAGUUCAUUAAAAAGCUCCUAAUGAAAGUUUUGGUCCAACAGAAACUGCAUUGAAAUGAGAAGGAAUGCAGAACUUCCACAAGUCGUCCAUUUCAUUUUCCUUUUUCACUUGUGUAUUUCCAGAGAAAUAUGGAAUUGGCGGCCGAUUCGUGCGACCAACUAAUUAAAACGUGUUCAAAGGCUGCUGAUAGGCUCAAAGAGCUAAAUUCUGCUCAACCAGACCUGAAGGUUGACAGGAAGAAAUUGAAAACCAGAAAAAAUCCAUUUCCAGAACAAACUUCAAAAUCUGUUCGAAAAUGCGAAUAAGUUGAAGCCGCGGCUGGAGGAGUCGGACCCUUCGAACUGGGAUCAAGUCAAGAUUCUGGUGGAUCGAUUGAGAAACGCGGCGGAAGGUCUAUCCGAAACUGUGUAGGAAAAUCGAUUUUUUUGUUGAAAUAGUAAAUUUUUUUAAUAUACUCCAUUCACAAGAGAAGUUCGAUACUUGAAAUUUUGCUGGGAUAAUCAAAUUAAAAGCGCUAUGAAUUGGUUAAAAAAUAAAAAUGGUGAAAAUGGUUCCUUUUUUCGGACGGUUUUUGAAAGAACAUCUCAGCUGAUUUUGAUGGCCAGCCACGGAGAAGGACGAAGCAAAAUUGGCGGUCAUGGAAACUACGAUGCUUCGCUGGACCGCCGGUGUCACGAAGCUCGACCAUGUGAAGAACGAGGACAUGAGGAAGAGAUUCGGAGUGGCGCCGAUCCGAGAGAAGCUGCGCGAAAAUCGCCUGAGAUGGUUCGGCCACGUUCUACGAGCCGACCCCACGUCCAUAGCGAAAACAAGCCACACGCUGGAAGUCGAUGGAAAACGGCCAAGAGGCCGACCCAAAAGAAGAUGGAUGGACACGCUGAACGAAGCCCUUAAAGCGACAAAACUACAUCCAGACCAAGCGGCCGACAGAACAAAAUGGCGACAACGUUCCAGAAAAGCGGACCCCGCGACCGAGCGGGACAGACGUUGA